UUAGUCAGUUCGUGAACACGUCGUGAUGUAGACACAUUCAAAGGAGAAUUCUUUUACUUAAUAUUUAAUUUGAGUGAUUUUUUAGUCAGUCUCCGUUAAUUGUUAGAUGCUUUUCUAUUCUCAGUCAGAAAUGUCGAUACAAAUUGGUGUGAUCGGAUAAUAAAGAUUGCGCAGAAUUCCAAGAAAAAGCCAAAAAAAUAAAGUCAAACAAGUUUUUAUUUUUUCAAUUAAAUUUUUAUGAAGUUUUAAACGAUUAUUUAAUUUUUUUUUUAUUAUCAUUUGAGAAUUAUUUGUAUUUUGUGUGUUAUUUAAAUGAAGAUCACCGUAUUUGGUUCGAAAAAGAGAUCUGGUGUUUUGAAAGAACAUAAUUUUCGUGAAAUACUUGAUACAGAAUGAAAACGAAAAUAAAUUCUAUCGAUUAAAAAAAAAUAUUUAAAAUUGACUUAAAAAAAAUAUCAAAUUUUAACGAACAACACGACGCAACGACAAAACGGAUUUCAUGAAAUCGGAAUAACAAUUAUUUAAUUAUAAAAUCGACGAAAAAAAAUCGAAUUUAACGAAAUAUGGGAUCAUUGGUGUACACACUGGUGUCGAUGGUUCAAGUGGCAUCCCUUCAUUGUUCCAUGCGACCGGAAAUUUCGCCUUGUUCGUGCGCACCCCAUGAGACAUACAACAACACCAUACAUGUUACAUGCGAAGGAUUGACCUCCUUCAAUCAAGUAUUUGACUCUUUGCAAAAUAAAUUUAGCAACAAAGAUAAUAUCUGGUUAAAGAUCACCAAGUCACAGCUUGAUGAUUUGGAGACAAGGAAUUUCAAGGAUAUGAAUAUGAACAUCACAAAAUUAUUUCUCAACUACGAUGACUUAAGAACACUUCCAGAGUCAUCAUUUCGAAAUUUGAGCAAUUUGGGUUACUUUAGUUUAUCCGAUAAUCAUUUGGAAGAGAUACCGCGACACAUAUUUGCGCAUAUGCCAAAGAUCGUCACGAUGGAUCUGGGACAUGGACGUAUAAAAACAAUAUUCAGCGAUGAUUUUCGAAAUUUGAAUGAAAUUCGAUAUUUGAUUUUGGUCAACAAUAACCUAAAGCUUCUCGAAAAAGAGUCGAUUCCAAAAACGGUGAGAUUUUUACAUUUGGGCCGAAAUAAUUUAACAUCUUUAAAUGGAACAUUACGCGAUAUUGAAUGCAUGGACGUUUUAUUUUUAAAUGAAAACAAUUUGGAAACUCUGGAUGGUGAAUUGCCCAUAAAAUCAACAUCAUUUAAAUCAUUGGUUGCUCAUCAUAAUAAAUUGCAAAAUCUACCACAAGAUUUAACGAAAUUUUUGUAUUUAGACGCAAUGUAUGUAUCCGAUAACGAAUUGAAAAGCUUAAAUGGUGUAUUUAAAAAUGCUUCAUAUAUUCAAACAUUGUCGGCUCACAACAAUAAAAUUGAUCACUUAGCUAACGAUGAAUUUCUCUACACAAUGGAUUUACAAGAGCUUGAUUUGGCCAACAAUUUUAUUCGAAAUCUGAACAAUUCGUUGCUGUCAUUGAAAAAAAUGCGUAUCUGUAACUUUUCACGGAAUCACAUUGAGGAAAUUUCACUGAACGAAUUUCGUGGCUUGACCGAACUACAAGUGGUCGAUUUAUCACACAAUCAUAUCGAAAGAUUGAGCGGUCGCUUGGAGAAUGUCGUUGAUCAAGAUCUUUAUUUCAUCGAAUUGCGUCUGGAUCACAAUCUCUUGAAGACAUUGGACGGUGCUACGUUAAAUCUGAAUCGAUUAAAGACACUCGAUUUAUCAUAUAACAAACUGAAAUGGAUAUCCCAGAACGAUUUGAUCGGUUUAGAUGAUUUGGAAUCAUUGGACAUUUCACACAACUAUUUGCAGACACUGGAAGACACAUCUAUGGCAUUCCUUCCGAAAUUGGAGAGACUAUAUUGCUCAUAUAAUAAUAUAUCUAAACUGGAGCGCGAUUUUCAUGGUUUGCCUGGCUUAUGCUUUGCUGAUCUAUCAAAUAAUCAUAUAACACACAUAUCUCCGGAGCUUGUUGCUAAAACACAUUGCAAUAGCCAUGGAGUUAUCAACAAAUUGGAGAUAUUGCUACAAGAAAAUCCAAUUCUGUGCAUGGACGAACUGUCAAAGUUAUUCGCAUUGAUGGAAGUUCAGGAAACGCGAUUGUUGGGCAUUGCACAUUGUAUCGUUCCAAAAGAAGAAGAAUUUCCAAUUAUUGAAUCGGUUUUCGUUCCGCCAAAUGAAGAAUUGCUAACGCCAGAAUUGACGCCCGAAUUAACUCCCGAAUUAACACCAGAAAAUGACAAUAUUAAUGAACAAAAUCCAGAACCAUCCAUAUUACAUAAAUCGCCAGAACAAACGCCAGAACAUAUGAGAGAUGAGACACAGAUUAACAGCGAUAAAAAACAUGUGAUACCCGCUAGUGAUGUGCCGUCCUUGAUUUUGUCUUCACUCAAAAAUGCAGCAUCUGCAACAAGUGAAGAGCCGAUCAAAGAAACGUUAGUAACAACAACUGAAAUCGUUGCUCCAAAUCCCGACGAGAAUAAUGUUGACAUCGUUGUUACUCAUGUGGAAAGUUCAAAUGAUUCGAUUGAAUCGAAUACCGUGAACAAAGCAACCGAACCAGCUACAGAACCAUUAAAUGCUGUAAAUGACACCGAUUCCAGUUCAGUGAAUCUAAAUAAUAAAUUGGAAAAUAUGACAGUAUUAGAGUCACCCGACCUCAAAUCAUCUAUACCACAAACUACAGAGUUUUUAGAAACAUCCGUGCCAUCUACAUCACCAUCACCAUCAAUAGCUGAAAUUGUUUUGGGUGAAAUGGAAUCAAAUUCGGUUUCAAAAAGCCCAGAAUCAGAUAACUACAUAUAUGAAACAUUUUCGCAGGUCAAUAUUGAUACGUCACUUCAACGAAAUGAGCACUUAGUUCUAUCGGAACCACCAGAAAUACCAAAUACCGAAUGAUGCCGUUUCUGCUACAUAGACCAUUUCAAAUGAAAUAUAUAUAAUUAAAAAUAAAAAUUCAUGUUAAAAAAAAUAGAAACUAGAUUAAAACAAAACAAACUGAUUAAUAUUCUUUUCAACGGAAAUGUAAUUAUUAGAUUUUAUGUACAGAGUGUAAAUUUAGAUCAAGCUGUACUAUUUAUUUAAUAUUGAUGACGCUGAUGCUGCAACUGAUCAUAUGCAGGUGGUUCGUGUUGCGUGCAAGAGGAUUGGAUUGGAUGAAAACAAAAACUAAAGAAAAUCAUAUUCAAUCACCGUUAUUCAGACUUUGGCUCAAAAUUGUUCAAUCAACGUUGUUGUGUGUGCCACAAAUUCUUCAGUUGCAGAUGAACAGCAGCUAUCAAUAGAAGUAAAAAAUCAAUUUUUGCUCUAAUACUUUGUUGCUACUGAAUUCUCUACAGUGACAUAGCACUUGUUAGCCAUUCGUUUCACGAGCCAAGUGAAAAUUUUAAUAUUUCGAGUCAAAAAAUCCUCAAGAACAUUGCCAAGAGGAGCUGCUUUUCAAUCGUUCCCAAUUUGGUCCAAAAUGUUUAAACGUACAACCUCACGAUGAAGAAAACUUGGAAGCACCAAGUACGUCGAUAACGAUUUUUUCUUGUGUUAGGAGUUUUUAAGUUGCGUUUUAGAAAGAAUUCCCAUAUAAUCACUAUGUUGUAUCGCUGAACAAUUAGUUGAAAAUUAAUUACAAUAUUUUAAUAUUUAACAACAUUGAACCGAAAUUUACGAUCAACAAAUAAAUGGGUAAAGUUUUCUCUUUCUCUUUCUCUCUUGUCCUUGUUCCUUGUUGAAUGUAUUGAAACUUAAAUAAAUCGCUGAGUGGGCCAAAUGCAAAUUAU